CGUGACGCACGCGACGAACCCGAAACAAACGCAAUAGGAAUUCCGGUCCGGAUUCGAUCCAGCCACAUUCGAACGGAUCUCCAACUCCUACCGAUUACAGUGUCAACUAAUAAAGCAAAAAAAAAACCCAUAGCUACACCCCGAACAGUGUUACCCGAAACAAAAUAGUGUUAUUUUUGUACCAGUGAAAAAUACUCUACACCUAUAUUGGGCGGAAAACCUCUUAGUACAUCUAAUAGUACAUCAGUUAAACAGUGAUCAAGAAGCAGCAAGUGUUUCUGCUUCACAACCAAAACUAACCAAACCGAGUUUGUUGUGUAUGUGUGUUUGCGAUUGUUGGUGGCCGUAAAAAGAAAAGGAAGGAAGGAACCCCCCGCCCGCUUUGCCAGCGCAAACAUGCCGUCGGUUUUCCAGCCUCUGCAAAGAUGACCAUUUCGCCGGGGAACUGGAGAAGAGAUCCGAUUACAGCAAGGCGCCUGUAGUAACCUCCCCACAUCUACGAGUGUGCGUGUGAGUGUAUGUGUCCGUAUGUGUGUUUAUCAGUGACGAGUAGAGGGAGCAGAGCAGCCCAGUGUACGUGUGCAUAGUUUAGACGAAAUUAGAAAUCGAACAUCGAGGAGCCGGGCCGAAGAAAAGCCCUGUUCACUAUCUCUCUCUCUCUCCCUGUGCCACCUGCCUCAUCUCCGGUGUGCCGAAGGAGUGGAAAAGCCCGAAAAAAGCACCAUUCGUACGUAGGCUAUCAGCGCUACCAAUAAUUAACCAACCGAAGCUGAAACUGGAGCUGUGGUGCGGGCGCGAAGCCAACCGAAACCGGUGACAAGCGAGGAAACAAUCAAUCCCCGUGUGUUGUUGCCCAGUGUGUGUGUGUGUGUGUGUGUUUUAUCGAACUAUCAGAGCUUGACGUUUUAUCUUCACCGGUAACGACUAAGAAGCGACACUCGACGACGACCGACCGGCGAAGUUCGUUUUCACCCGUUGAUUUCUAAAAACGAUCGUGCGAGGAAAAGCAAACGCGAAAUUUCACCAAACCCUCUGGAAGACACUGUCGAUUUUCACCGUUCUGCCUGGCUGCCUUCUGUUAGCAUUUCCACCAUCACGCACAGAUAGAAAUGACGUCCUACCUGUUAACCCUGGCCACCGUUGGCCUUCUGCUUGCCGCCACGCUGGCAAACAGCGACACGCAAUCGAGCGGUGUGGGAACGGCUGUCUUCACCAAGCUCGACCCAGCACCGCCAACGGCCCGCAAUGCAUCCGCUCCGGCGGAGCGAACGAAUCGCACCACCCCGGAGGAAGUGGCGAAAGUGCGCCCGGCCUACACCCGAACCGAGCUGAAGGUUUCCCGCAGCCUCAACCCGGACCGCGUCCAGAAGCUGAACGUGCGCUCCAACAACGGACGCAUGGUGCAGAUCAUCGUUAAGAAGCGCAACGGAAUGGAGCUACCGGCCAGCGGAAGCGUGACAUCCACCCCGAGCUCUACCACCGGCACCACCGGCCAAUGGGUUUCCCAUUCCUUCUCACCAUCGCCCGCCCACAGCCCGCAGGUGACGCCGGCCCGGAUCGCAGGCAACUACCGUCUGUCGGCUGACUCAGCGCCCGAAUCGGUGGACAUUAUCAACGCUUUCCUCGAGCACGUCAACCGUAUCGAGCGGCCGCCCCGAUCCUCGUUCUACGACGAGGAGCACGGUGCGAUGAAGAACGAUCGCCGCCCGGUGCGCAUUAAGGUGAGCGACGAGACGGUGCAGGAGAGUCGUGUCCCGCCGCCCGUUGUCAUCAGCUCGGAUCCGGUGUACAUGAAGGACGGUGGAGCGGUCAAGACGACGCACAAGCGCGGUCGAUCGAUGCAGGAGAUUGGUGCGGACGGAAUUCCGGUGGUGCACGGGAUCCGCGUGCCGGACGACGAGUCGGACAAGCGGCAGGUGUGGCGCAAUGCUCGCGUCAUCAACGGGGAGCUGGUGCCGUACGAGAAGGGGCACGUGCCGACGAGGCUGGAAAACAAUGGAGACAUCUACGGACAGCUGAUCUUUGCCAAACCGAUCGGCAGUGGGGGAGCUCGAUCAAGCCCAGGCGCCCGUCAGCGCAGCAUCGGCCCGUUCACGACCGCCGACAACUUCCAGCCGACUGAUGGGCUGGCCAAGAGCUUCGGACCAUUCAGUGUGGAGGACAACCUACACUCGGGCGCCUCGAUCGCGGUGAACUCGGCCCCACCCAGAGUGACGGGCAACAUUGGACCGUUCUCGCGAGCGGACAAUGGACGUCCCGUGCCGAACGGGCGGCUGGUGGAGUAUCUGCGCAAAAUCAACGAGGAGGAAAGUCGCAAACACUAUCCGCAGAUUGUGAGCCGCGCCAACUUCAAGGAGGACGCGCUGGCCGACCAACCACCCAAGAUUCAGCGCCGAAUGCUGCAAAACCCGGGCAACCCGACCUAUCCCGUGUCGCAGCUGUACUCGAUCAAUGGACCAGCGGCCGCGACAAACCAGGAAACCCAAGAGCUGGAAGACACUCGGCAACCCGUGCUGCAGUACGCCCAUCCCGAGCUCGGUGUGCAGCCGGCCAAAUCCGUCCCGCCGGAGCGCAAACCGACGAAAGCGAUGAAGAAGAUCAUGAACGUGCAGGACUACUACAGCAAGGCGGCCCACAACGACCACUCGCCGUACGCGAUCGAGCCGGCCAUGGGCAGCAAGGACUACUACGAUCCGCCCCAGCCCCAGCAUGUCAAGAUGCCGCGCCCGCCACAGUACGAAAACUUCAAAGGUCCCUCCACCUACCCGUACAACUACGGGUACAUCCGGCGCGUCAAGCACGAGCGGCCAUUUUGGGCCAAAAUCACCGACCAGAUGCGGGAGGGACUCCAGAGUGGGAUCUCCACCGUGCAGGAGUUCACCAAGCCCGUCCUGGAGCCCAUCGUCGAGGCCGGACAGAAAAUCUCCAAAAACCUCGGACUGGUACGAAAGGCUGACGAGGCUCAGGACAAGGUUGGCGUGGUGGUGGCACCAGCUACAAAUUCAAUUAUACUCCCGGCUCUAGGGCUGAUGGCGGGCGGAGCAGCGCUCGGGCUCGGGGCCGUAGCCGUGGGCCGUUUUUUCGACAUGGGCCUGCUGCGCCGAUCCGGCAGUGAGCUGUUGCCGUUCGAUCUAGACGAUCUCGAGCACAAGCGGGCACUGGAAGCGAUCCAGCAGCAGCAGCAGCAGCGAUAUUACGAGCAGUACGACGCCAUGCGCAUGAACACCGGCGAUGACUACGCGAGACGCUCGAAGCGUUCGAUCGCGCGGAACCCGUUCGAGGAGCAGGGCCUGCAGGAUGUGGGCCGCGAGUCUACCAGCUCGUCCCGGGCCCGGUUCGAGCAGCAGCUGCGCGAAACUGACUGGAAGAAUCCUUCCUGUGCCAAGCUCACCUUCUGCCGGGUGAUGAUCCAGCAGGGCGCCGACGAUAUCGUGCUGAUGGAGAAGAAGAUGUACACCAUGCUGGAUAUGAUGCACCCAGCACUAGCUGCCACUCUUACCGAUCAUCUGUCGGAGGUAACUGACGCCAUCAGACAGAACGACUGCACACGGUUCGUGUGCCAGCAGCAAACCCGAUCGUAAAGCACUUCAACAACCCCCUUCCGGACCGAAACUGACACACGGAUGCGGCAUGGUUCUUGCAUUUCGACACUAGUUGAUGUUUAGUAAAAUUUUCGGCCCGAGUGUAUGCGAGUGACAUAGAAAGAGGUAGAGAGAGAGAGAGAAAGAGUAGUACAUGGAAACUCCAUCCAAUGCAAAAUCCUAUUAGUUGUAACAUAAAGAAGGCCAAGGAGGAUGUGCCUGCCUGAUGUACACGGCAUCUUUCGGAGCAUCCAGGCAGGCCACCGCCUCCCGCUCUAAACGGAUUGAUUAUGUGUGUUUUAGACCAUGUCUGUAUUUUAUAUUAAAAUAGUAAGCAUCGAUAGUAGGCGAUAGCGACAUAUUUACAGUGCAACCCCUGUGCUGAUCCCGACGAUGACUGGCUCAGCGCACCGAGGGAGUAGUACGAAGAAGCAGCACUUUAGUGAAUGUGAAAAUUAUGUUACCUUUAUCUGUCUGUGGCACUGGCACUGGCCAAACGGCGCGCAGUGGAAAGAGAGGAAGAGGAAGCUAGUAUAGACACGAAUUACCCUUCUAGCCAGAAUCUUGUUUAAAGAAAUCUCGGUUUUACUGCUACUAACAUUAUAACUAAUAUCAUUACUAUUACGACACACCCAACACUCAAAUCCCCCCCCCCAACUCCCUCCCCCAUAUAUCUUACGUAGGAACGCUAGGAUUCGAUUACGUGUUUGUGUCUAUACUUGUACAUACACAAGAGCAUCAUAUGCCAAAGGAGAAAGGGAAAUACUAGGAAGUAACAGCGAUCGAUGAUCGGUUCGAAAAAAUCGAGCAAAAACACGAUGUCAAUCGUUGGUCGAGCAGAUUUCGUUCGAGCAAUUCGCGCAAAAGAUUCUACGGUGCGCCAAUUUAACGUGGAUGAGAUUCUAUUGAUUUUUUGUUGUUGAUGUAGUUGAUUCUAUUGACAUUAAGGUAGGAAGACGCGGAGGAAACGGAUAGGUCAACAGUGAAAGUAUGUUAUCGUUUGCAUUGGAGAGGAUUUUAUUGUAUGCAAGAAUUUAUUUAAUAAAUUAUUUAC